AUGGUGAACUCCACCGCCAGAGCAGGCCCUCCGUUUGGACCCCCCAUUGGUCAUCCCAUUGGCCCCGCUACAGAGCCUCUGGUUGUCUUCGUUGCUCGUGGCGCUCCCACUCCCACAGCCAUCGAGCUCGGCCAGCUGAAGCACUAUCUUCGUCCCGCUCUAGGCGAACUCCAGGAAGUGUUUGAGAACAAGUAUGGGGAGCUUGAAGGCCGUUCCUACUGGUACUGUCCAUUGAUUCACAAAUCGAUCACCCCACUUGAGCCCGGUAGCGACUCGUUCCGGUCCCUGACUGAAUUCCUUGUGUAUGGCCGAGCCUACGGCCGCGACAUCAUGUUUGUCACGAACCACUGGGACUCCAUCACCUCUGACGGACCGAGCUUUGCCAAUAUCUUUAAGGAUUUCACCGACGUCAACGUGACUAUUCGCGUCCACGGCACGAUUUCGGUCGAUCACGUUGCCGAAUUCCAUAAUAUCGACGCACACCGAGUCAGCGCCCACUACCAAGGCUUGAUCAAGCUGGAGGAACAGUAUGUCAUUGAUGAUGCACUGCGUUACGUGGUCAGAGUUGAAGAAGUCCGCGCUGUCAGGAUUGGAGUUGAGGAGUCGGUUAGCCUGAUGGUGGAAUUGACAGGCCAACCUGAGACAGAGCUGUUGGAGCGAGUGUUGUGGAUGCUUUGA